AUGAUUAUUGUUCUUGAGCUUUUCCUAUAAUUUGGACUUUUGUUAGUCCUGUUAGGACUUUGCUUAUGGCUAGGAGAUAAAGUGUUCCUAGUUGUAGAGCAUCUAAUAUAUCAUCUAAUCUAUCAAUCAACCUGGCCUAGAAAACUAAUAUGGAAAUUUUUCUACAAUUCCUUCUCAUGGUAUUUAAAAAAUGAGAAUUACUUCAGAAGCCAUAACUGCGGCUACGCAAUAUUAACUCAGACAGGAGAGACGCUUAAAUUAGUGGCAAAGUAAGACAUAAAAAAUCAGUACUAAAACUAGAUGUAUCACUACGCUGCACUAGGCAUCAGGAAUCUCGAUGAUUUGCAAGGUAAAAAUGUUUUAGAUCUCGCCACUGGCAGAGGAGGUGGUCUUGCAUUUUUAGCUAAGUAUUUUUACCCUAAAAAUGCUGUUGGAAUUGACAUAAGUUCACAUUAAAUUUAAUUUGCCUAGUCUCAUCAAGAUGAAAUUGAUAGUCUUUCAUACUUCUAGGGAGAUGUGGAAUGUCUGAAUGCAGUAAAUUUUGAUAAAGACAUUUAAUACGACCUCAUAACAUGUAUCGAGAGUCUCCAUUGUUUCUCAAACCUGAGUGCCAUUUUUAAUGGAGUAUAAAAUCUGAUGUAGAAAAAUGGAAAUUUUGUGAUUGUAGACAUUUUUGAGAAAAAAGAAGUAAAAAACAUUGAAAAAAUUAUGAAGCACUUUUUCAUGAUUGAAAAGCGUGAGAUCAUCACCAUCAAUGUGAAACAUGCUAUGAAUUUAGACAAACCUCGUGUUGAAAAAAUGAUUAGCAAGUUUAUAACUGAUAAUGAAAUUGCUAAGUAGGUAAUGAGGAACAUUCUCGCAUCUGCCGAGGGUAGUAAAACCUAUGAAGAACUGGGUAAGACUAAAGAGUACAUAUGCUAUGUGCUCCGUCAUCCUAACCCAGCAAUUGAUGCUACUCAUUAAUGCUAGAGCCCUAACGAGAAGAAUAUGAGGAGAUAUUAGGAAUAGAUGGCUCUUCAUUCCUAUCAAAAUGAUCCUUAAAACUAGCAGUAAAGUAUGUGA